AUGGCGACCAGCAUCGUGAGCAACAGCGAGGAGGUGAUCACCGGCGUCACUGGCGGCAAGACCCAUCUCUCGGAGACGCUGCCCCGCGAGCUGUACCUCGGCGCGGACACCGGAGCCGAGGUGAGCACCGGCACCUCGAUCAUGGCCGUGGAGUUCGACGGGGGCGUGGUGGUGGGCGCCGACUCGCGCACCACCACGGGCGCCUACAUCGCCAACCGCGUCACCGACAAGCUGACCAAGAUCACCGACCACAUCUACGUCUGCCGCAGCGGCUCGGCGGCGGACACGCAGGCGCUGGCGGACAUUGUCGCCUACCACCUCGACUUCUACCAGAUGGAGAGCGGCGAGCCCGCCCAGGUCGCCAUCGGCGCCAACCUCUUUGCCGAGAUGUGCUACAGCUACCGCGACUCGCUCACCGCCGGCAUCAUCUGCGCCGGGUGGGACCGCCGUCGCGGCGGCCAGGUGUACACCAUCCCGCUGGGCGGCAUGGUCACCCGCCAGCCGGUCUCCAUCGGCGGCAGCGGCUCCAGCUACGUCUACGGCUACGUCGAUGCCCACUUCAAGCCGAAGAUGAGCAAGGAGGAAUGUGCCGCCUUUGUCACCAACACGCUGACGCUGGCGAUGACCCGCGACGGCAGCAGCGGCGGCGUCGUCCGCCUGGCCAUCAUCACCGAGGCGGGCGUCGAGCGCCGCCUGACGCUCGGCAACGAGCUGCCCGAGUUCUACCAGCGCUGA